AUGAGAAUGGAGAGGGGAUUGCAUUCUGGCUUUUUUAGGAAGGUCUCUUCUCAAUCUAACCCUGACUCUUCAGUCAUGGAAAUGCUAAAAACAACCCUAAAGAUCCCAUCUUCUGUUGACUGGUCUGAAUCUGACCCUUGCCGAUGGGCUCAUGUUAAAUGUGAAAACAACCGGGUCAUCAGGAUCCAAAUACCCAGCAAAACUGUUGGUGGAAUGCUUCCUCCUGAUCUCAAGAACCUGUCUCAGCUUACCGUCUUUGAAGUCAUGAACAACCAAAUCAGUGGACCAAAACCAAGCCUUGCUGGGUUAAGCCAGUUGCAAGAAGCUAACUUUCACAACAACAAUUUCUCUUCUUUGCCUUCAGAUUUCUUCAAUGGUUUAACUUCAUUGAAUUCUGUUUUUCUUGACUACAACCCUUUGGAACCUUGGGAGAUUCCAGAGAGCGUAAAGGAAGCAACUUCUUUGAAAACUUUCUCUGCCAACAAGGUUAAUAUUAAAGGGAAAUUUCCAGGUGUGUUUGACCCUGUUACUUUUCCAACCUUGACCGACCUGCAUUUGACUAUGAACAAUCUUGAAGGAGAACUGCCUACCGAGUUGGGAGGUUCUAUGAUUCAGUCUUUGUGGGUUAACAGGCAGAGUUUGAAUGGUACAAUUGAAGUGAUACAGAACAUGGCUUCUUUGACAGAGGUAUGGUUGCACGGGAACCAAGUACAGCUUCUUGUUGACAUCCUCUCCAUCAUAUCCCAAAUUUCUCUCAAAUUGAUGUUUGAGGCAACCCGUCGAAUUCGAUUCGUGGAGAGUCAGGAAAAUAAACAGUUGAAUGGAGGCAUAGAUGAAGGGUCUGGCAGGAAGGGUGCCUGGCAUGUGCCAACGUUAGCCAUGACAGCUGAUGUAAUUCAUAAAACCUAUGAUGAGUGCCUGAAAUGUGGGAUGGAUGGAUAUGUUUCAAAGCGCUUUGAGGAAGAAAAUCUCUAUCAGGCUGUAGCCAAGUUCUUCAAAGCCAAACGCAUCUCAGAUUCAUAG